AUGUUUAAAAAUACUACACCUGCUAAUACUAUAACAAAAAAAAAUCGUAAUAAUUAUUUACGUGAUGUAAAAUAUAAAAAUUAUAAUUACAAAAAUGACAUUGAUUAUGUUGUUAAAAUAUCUCGUACUUUAUUAACACCAAUCGGAAUUUAUCCAUUGCAUGGAAGUGAUACAACAAUAAGUAAAAUAUUAGUAAACAUACAAAUAAUUUGUAUAUUUAGUUUAAUGUUAUUUUUACUAGCACCACAUUUAAUUUAUACUUAUUUCGUUGCUGAGGAUUUAAAACGUUUAAUAAAAAUAAUCGCUGCUCAAUUUUUUAACUCUCUGGCAUUGAUAAAAUUUUGGACUAUGAUUAUAAAUAAAAAACAGCUACGCUGGUGUCUCAAUGAGCUGGAAGACAGCUGGCGUGAUAUUGCUUCUGAUGAGGAUAGAAAAAUAAUGAUUAAAAAUGCUAAAAUCGGUAGAAUAUUUACUGUAGCAUAUUUGAGUUUGUCAUAUGGUGGUGCAUUGCCAUAUCAUAUAAUCAUGCCAUUGGUAGCACCACGAAUCAUCAUGCCAGAUAAUUCAACACUAAUACCAUUACCAUAUCCAAGUGAAUAUAUUUUUUGGGUACCUCGAGAUUCACCUGGUUAUGAGAUGUUAUUUGUUGGACAAAUACUCAUCAGUAGUAUUAUAUUAUCAACAAAUUGUGGCAUAUAUUCAUUAAUUGCAACUUAUAUUAUGCAUGCAUGUUGUCUAUUUGAAAUUGUCCAACGUCAUUUAAAGUAUAUUCUUGAAUCAUCAGUUGAAGGACAAUUUAAUGAUAAUCUUGCUGCUGUUAUUGACAAACACAAUCAAGCAAUAUACUAUGCUGGUCUACUUGAAAAAUCAUUGAAUAUUGUUUUUCUAUCGGAAAUGGCUGGCUGCACAGUAAUUAUAUGCUUCUUGGAGUAUGGUGUCCUUUUAGAGUGGGGUGAUGGUGAUGUUUUAGGAUUAACCACUUAUUUUAUGCUUUUAACAAGUAUAUUUGUCAAUGUAUUUAUUAUAUCUUAUAUCGGAGAACGUCUCAAAGAAAUGAGUUUAAAAAUUGGUGAAUGCACUUAUGAUCUUGAUUGGUAUAAUUUACCAAAAAAAAUGGCUCUCGAUUUGAUGGUGAUAAUGGUCAGAGCAAAUCAACCAUCUACAUUAUCAGCUGGAAAAUUAUUUGAUUUGUCGUUGGUUGGUUUUGCCGAUGUCAGUAUAAAGAUUAUUAUAUUAUAUUUUUCCAAUAAUUAUUUAAUUAAUUUGUCGUUGUAUUGUCAAGUGAUGGUUAUUAAAUUUUUACAGGUUGUUAAAACUUCAGCAGCAUAUUUGAAUUUUAUUCGUGCAAUGACCAAUCCAACAAAUAUGAAAAAUAAAUCCCAAAGUAUUCAAGUAUCGACUAAAGAAAAUAUAAAUUACAGUACACAGUUGACUCGUUGGGUAUUAACAGCACUUGGAGUUUGGACAAAUGAAAAUAAAAAAACUAUCAAUGAUAAAAUAUUAUCAACUGCAUUGAUAAUUAUGUGUUAUUUUUCAAAUUUUUUUUUACUUAUACCUUGCAGUCUUCAUACUAUUCUUAGUGAAAAAGACAUGAGUCUUAAAAUGAAAGCACUUGGUCCUUUAACUUUUUGUGUUAUGGCAAUAGGUAAAUUUAGUUUUUUAGUGAAAAGAAAAAAAGACAUUUACAAUUGUUUUAAACAUGUAUAUCAUGAUUGGAGACGAGUUCAAUUAAUUAAUGAUGAAAAUAUCAUGUUGGAAAAUGCUAAAAGAGGUCGUUUUAUAACAAUUCUUUGUGCUGCAUUUAUGUAUGGUGGUGGUUUAUUUUAUAACACAAUAAUGCCAUUUGCAGUGGGUAGUUUUGUUACGGCUGACAAUAAAACAAUUAAACCACUUACAUAUGCAGUUUAUGAUCCACUAUUUUCUGCUCAAGAAACACCAAAUUAUCAAAUUGUUUUUACAUUACAAUGGUUUACCGGUUUUUUUUUGUGUAGCAUUACAUUUGGAGCAUGCAGUCUUGCAGCUGUAUUUGCAUUUCAUGCAUGUGGUCAAUUGAAAAUUAUCAUUUCACGUUUAGAUAAUUUUAUUGAUCGAAAUCAUAAUUUUGAUGAUGUGUUAAAAAAAAAAAUGGCUGAUAUAAUUGAACUUCAUCUUCGCACAUUAAGAUUUAUUGUACGUGUUGAAAAAUUAUUAAAUGAAAUUAAUUUAAUUGAAUUUCUUGGCUGCACGUUUAUGAUUUGUCUAUGUGUUUAUUAUCUUUUGACGGAAUUAAAAAAUGCAGAAGCAAUAUCAAUAAUCACCUACUGUGUAUUGCUGGUCUCAUUUAAUUGUAAUAUAUUUAUUUUUUGUCAUAUCGGUGAAAUGUUGACCCAACAAGGUGAAGAAGUUGGUUGGGCAGCAUAUAAUAACAAUCAGUGGUAUAAACUAUCAAAAAAAAAUUCCCGAGGAUUAAUUUUGAUAAUGGCAAUGUCUAAUUGUCCUUGCAGUUUAAGUGCUGGCAAAAUGGUCAAUUUAUCAUACGCUUCAUUUGCUUCUGUCAUCAAAACUGCCAUGACGUAUUUGAAUAUUAUACGAACUACAGUUUUAUAAAAAACUAUUAAAACCAAGGAAUCACGAUAUUUUUUAUAAGACCGCGAUACACCAUGUUAACCGAUUGUCU